GUAGUACCAGACUAUUAUCGAUGUACGAAGAGCUAUAGCCGUGGCACCCGUCCUAGUACCCACAAAACCCGGUACCACUAACCAAUAUCAAGAGCAGCGCCGCGGUACCGAGACAGGCAAUUAUUGAUUUAUACAGAGGUAACGUGAUUGCAACGAUUCAAAUUCAUCUGUGGUAGUAACUAUUCAUUAGGUAGUACCUGGUUCUCUCAAAAAAAUAUAUCUGUAGUCCAGCGUUUAUAAUUUUUUUGAACAGUGUUAGUGAGACUAUGAAUUAGUGAAAGUGUGGUGAUUAUAGCCUAGAGAAGUAAAAAGAAAGGAAGUUAAUAUUGAAACGUACGAUUGACAGGAACGAUCAAAAUGUCCUUCACUCCGAUAGGUCGUAUUCCAGUACGAGCCUUCAUGGGCGUUUUAAUGUUCACUUGUACCUUCAUCCUGUAUAUGAUCAGAAUCAACUUGUCCAUCAUCAUAUUGGCCAUGGUUGAGCCAACCAGAAAUAAGGACAAUUCUACUUUUGUACCUGAAUGUGCUCGAGACGGAUAUUCCAACGCUACCUUCAUCUUUAAUACGACGAUUGAAGAAACAGUUAUACAUGAUUAUGGACCUAGAUACGAAUGGGACAAAAGCUCCAAGGACAUAUUUUGGGUGCCUACUUCUGGGGCUUCACAAUAUCUGGUCUGCCUGGAGGUGCCAUCGCUGAACGUUUUGGCCCACAUCUGACGGUAACUGUAUCCUUUGUGAUCAGUGGAAUUUUGACGAUACUAGGACCGUGGACAACUUUGCACCCUAUCUUGCUCAUCAUAUCAAGGUUUCUUAUCGGUCUUUCAGCGGGUGUAGUGUACCCGUCCCUGCACUGCCUAAUAGCUCGCUGGGCGCCACCAGACGAAAAAGGUAAGUUCAUCGCCGCCCUAAUGGGUGGAUCCUUAGGCACGGUAUGUACUUGGCCCACCCUCGGCUGGGCGAUCGAGGCCUGGGGCUGGUCAGCGGCAUUGGCCGCCUGCGGGGGCGUGGCCUUAGGCUGGACCGCCCUCUGGUGGUGGGUGGUACGAGACUGUCCAGCAACGCAUCCUUGGAUCGGCGAGGAAGAGCUCAAAUAUAUCAGCGAGAGAGUGCAGACCAAGGAGACUGCUGGGGCGAAAAAGCGCCUCCCUCCAUACAAAGCAAUCCUCAAGUCGACCCCAUUCUGGGCACUGGUGAUCCUGCAUUUCGGAAAUAUGUGGGGCCUGUUCUUCCUUUUAACAGCUGGGCCAAACUUCAUCACGAACGUGUUGGCCUUUGACCUUGGACAUACGGGUAUUCUGGCCGCGCUGCCGUAUCUCGCUAGAUUGAUAUUGGCGUUGAUCUUUGGACAGAUCGGUGAUCUCAUUAUGAAGAAAAAGUGGAUGAGCAAGGACGCCAUCAGAAAAGGAUUCGUGCCUAUUUCUCACAUUCUACCAGGCCUUCUACUCGCCAUCCAAACUCUGACCGGCUGUGACGUGAACUGGGCCAUUGUUUUGAUAACUUUGUCCUUGGGACUGAACGGAGCCUCAACUUUAACCAACUUGCAAAACGCGCACGAUUUAGCGCCCAACUUUGCUGGAACCCUUUAUGGCAUCGCCAACUGCCUAGGAAGUGCUACAGGGUUCAUAUCACCGAUUAUCGUCGGAUAUCUGACGUCGACACAUAAUGGGCUGCACGAAUGGCACACCAUCUUCUACAUAGGUUCUUCGGUUUACAUUGCUUCUGGGAUAAUAUUCUGGUUCUUCGGAAGUGGGGAUGUUCAAUCCUGGAAUGACUUAGAAGAAACAGCCAAUAAACGAGACGUUGUGGGCAUUGAAAAUGUUAGUUUUGAUGACGUAGAAGUUGAUAAAAAUGACAAGAAAGAUAGAGAGACUAGAUAACUUACAUUGAGCAUUUACUAGAUUUUAAAAUGUGUUUAAUAUUAUUUUUUAGAAUAUGCGUUUUUAUUAAGAUUCCGAAGUAGGUAAAAUACCUUUAUACAUAUCGUAUAUGUGAGCAAUUAUGUGAUUUUAUUUAAGGUUUUAUUGUAUAUAUCUCAUGAACAGAGCUUAUAGCAAUGCCAAUAAAUGAGUUACCAUGUAAUUCAAUCAAUUGUAACCAUUAUAUAAAUUUCAUAAAGAACAAUCAUAU